CGUCACCGCGGACUGCAGGGGCCCGAGCCGCUGCUGCCGCCGCCUCUGCCCCUGUCGCGCAGCCCCACAUCAACGCAGGGGGCCCCGUCACCACCGCCGCCAAAAAGUCGCUGCCGCUAGGGUCGCCACCGCAUCGGUGCAGGGCAAGAUGGCAUCCGCCACAGACUCGCGCUAUGGGCAGAAGGAGUCCUCGGACCAGAACUUCGACUACAUGUUCAAGAUCCUCAUCAUUGGCAACAGCAGUGUGGGCAAGACGUCUUUCCUGUUCCGCUAUGCAGACGAUUCCUUCACACCUGCUUUCGUCAGCACUGUGGGCAUUGACUUCAAGGUCAAGACCAUCUACCGCAACGACAAGAGGAUCAAGCUGCAGAUCUGGGACACAGCAGGGCAAGAGCGGUACCGGACCAUCACCACAGCCUACUACCGGGGUGCCAUGGGCUUUAUCCUCAUGUAUGACAUUACCAACGAAGAGUCCUUCAACGCUGUGCAGGACUGGUCGACCCAGAUCAAGACGUACUCAUGGGACAAUGCCCAGGUGCUGCUGGUGGGGAACAAGUGUGACAUGGAGGAUGAACGGGUGGUGUCGUCGGAGCGUGGCCGGCAGUUGGCUGACCACCUUGGCUUUGAGUUCUUUGAGGCAAGCGCCAAGGACAACAUCAAUGUCAAGCAGACCUUUGAGCGCCUGGUAGACGUCAUCUGCGAGAAGAUGUCUGAGUCCCUGGACACGGCCGACCCUGCGGUCACGGGCGCCAAGCAGGGCCCGCAGCUCACGGACCAGCAGGCGCCUCCACAUCAGGACUGCGCCUGCUGAGAGCUGCUCCCGGCCCCAUCCUGGCC